AAGAAAACGAAACUGCAGAAGGAAGCAUACACAUGAUGCACAUUUCUUAUAGGAACUAGUUUCUUUCUUUGCUUUUGCAAGGAAAGCAUAACUCUCCCGGCCGUCACCUUCAAUUAUCCUUAUUUUUUCCGAUAAUGGGCCGAGUGGAGAUAUAUUCGUCUGUUAAAGUUGCUGGCUCUCCAUAUUCCCAACUUAUCACUUUAAUUUUGCUUCCGUACCAAGCAAAGUAAUCCUUAAUCCUCAGACUCAGUACGAUAAAAUCAUAUCAUCUUGAUCACAUGCAUUCAAGAUUUCCAGACAACCUUACUUCUCCCCUGGGCCGGUCUCUUUCUUCUUUGAUCUGCUUCCCAUCUCCCCACAUAGCUAGAGCGCGCAGGGAGAAGGCCCAAACGCACGUCAUUCAAUGGCAGCGGCGGUGGCAGCGACGAAUUGGGUUGUUGAAGUCAAUGAGCAACUAAAACUCAUGGCGGAUGCUUCAGCAGAGGAAGAGCACUGGAAGAAGCAAUCCAUCUACAGACUUCCUGCCUGUGUGACAGACCUGAACAAGACAGCCUACAGGCCCCAGGCCGUGUCCUUUGGGCCUUACCAUCAUGGCGAGGACCAUCUCCUGCCAAUGGAAGAGCACAAGCAAAGAGCCCUGCUACAUUUCCUGAGGCGGUCCAACAAACCUCUGCAGCUGUUCGUCGAUGCCAUAGCCGAGGUGGUUGCUUCUCUGAAAGAGUCGUAUAACCCUCUGGAGGCGCCCUGGAUCGACGAGGAAGAUGCCACUGCAACUGCAAGCAGCAGCAAGUUCGUAAGGUUGAUGAUAGUCGAUGGCUGUUUCAUGCUCGAAGUUCUGCGCGUUGCUACUCACACAUUGGACGACUACGCACAGAGUGACCCCAUUUUCAGCACUCACGGGAGGAUCUACCUCAUGCCGUAUAUCAAGCGUGACAUGAUGAUGCUCGAGAAUCAGCUGCCGAUGCUCCUUCUCGACAAGCUGCUUGCUGUCGAGUGCGGUGACGCCUGCAAGGACGAGGAAUACGUGAACAAGCUCAUACUGAAGUUCUGUCUUCCAAACACCCCAGUGAUUAAUCUAGGCAAGUGCCUGCACGUGGUCGAUGUGUACCGGAAGUGCCUCAUUCAUCAGGAUGACGAAGCCUUGGGCAUAAGGAGGCGACGGCGCCAACGUCCAACACGAGGCAGCGCUUUCUCGGAAGCCGGAGAUGACAUUGUCCGAUCAGCCAUGGAGCUGAACGAAGCUGGAAUCCGGUUCAAAAAGAGCUCCACCGGAAGCCCGAGAGACAUCACGUUCAAAGGCGGAGUCCUCAAGCUUCCGGUGAUCGAGGUGGACGACUUCACAGAGUCCAUCUACCUGAAUCUGAUAGCCUACGAGCGGUUCCAUGUGGGUGCAGGGAAUGAGGUGACAUCCUACAUCUUUUUCAUGGACAAAAUCAUCGAUGACCAGAGAGAUGUGGCCCUGCUCGUCUCCAACGGGAUCAUCCAGAACGCACUAGGGAGCGAUAAAGCGGUGGCCAAGCUCUUCAACUCGCUCUCUAGGGACACCGCCCUCGAUCCCGAGAGCAGCCUGGAUGUUGUGCACAAGAGAGUGAAUGCUUACUGCAAGAAGGCUUGGAAUGAGUGGCGUGCCAACCUCAUCCACACCUAUUUCAGGAGCCCUUGGGCUAUCCUCUCCCUUGUUGCCGCUUUCUUCCUAUUUGCCCUCACCAUUGCUUCAACAAUCUACACUAUCUACCCCUACUACUAUCCCAGGGAUGAUUCUGAACCUCCACAAUCCUCCCUGCCGCCUAUGCUUUCUCCAAAAUCCCUCUGAAUUGAUCUCUAGCCAGUUCUGUGUUUCACUAUGAUUUCCAGGAGCAAGUGCUAUAGCUUGUUUCCAGUACUCCGCAGCCUGAUUGAACCAUGCCUCCACAAAUGCAUAUCUCCUUGCCGAAUUGCUUAGCGAGUGCACACUAUUAUCUCGUCCUUCCGGCUAUGGACAUUAUUGGCCCCUGCCCAGUCUCUGUUCCUGUUCUUUUUGUUUUUUUGCCUUUUUUUUGGAAUGGAAUGCUUUUGAAGAAGAGGAAGAAGAAUAAAUCAUAUCCUCCCAU